AUGCAAGGAGUUAUUGAGCGAGCUAUUGCUUGCCGUGAUGCCGAUAUGAAUGGUCAUGAAACAACAGUGACAGACGAUGGAUUAAUUUUGUGCUCGAAAGAGGGCAAAUAUUUCUUCUUCAUGCAUGAAGAUAAUGAGCCAGAUAUGCAUAAAAUUAUUUUCAGUACUUAUAUGGAACAAAUUGUAAGAGGCGAUACGUCAUAUUAUACUCAUUCGGAAAUUGUUGUAAAACGCGGUCAGAAAGACAGCACUAGUACAAAAACUGCUUUUGGAUGGCACCAAGAUAGCGGGUAUGUGCCAUACCAACAUACACCAUAUCUCAGCUGUUGGUGUGCAUUAAGUGAAAUGACAGAAUCAAAUGGUACCAUCUCCGUGUUACCGAAUGAGAGGAAUCCACCAGAAGAUCAGGAUCACAUAGUGAAUUGGUCUGCGAAGCCACGACCUUUAGCCAUUAAAGAAUUUCCUUGUUAUCAACAUCGAAAAGAUGACAAAAGUCCCGAUUUAAUUGGGUAUUUUGGUAAAGAUCCUGGUGUUGAAGUAUUGUGUCCCAUUGGAAGCAUUGUUGUCUUUUCCACUCUCACGUUGCACUGCUCAACACCGAACCGAAGUAAUACACUUCGCUCGGCGUAUAAUGUUCAAUAUGCUCCAGUGCCAUUGAUGAGUGAAGAUGGACAAACGUUUAGACACAAAGCAGAUUUAUUUGUUGUGGACUCCAAGACGGAUCCGCAAGCGAAAAUGUGGCAGCAAUAA